AUGAGUGAAACAGAAAACAAACCACAAGUCACUCAAGACAGUGAAACAAGAUCGAAUAAGAAUAAAGAAUAUGAAAAAAGUAAGGAAAAAAAGAAAAUGGAAGAAGAAGAAGAUAGCGAAAGUGAAAGUGAGAGUGAAAGUGAGAGCGAGAGUGAAAGUGAUGAUCAAAAAGAAGUUGAAAAAGAUAGUGAUACUACAGAAAAAGAUUCAAAUAAUGGAGAAGAAAAAGAAGAAAAGAAGGAAGUAUUAAAAGAUGUUGAGAGAAAAGAAACAAUUUUUGAAAUGAUUGAAGAAUUUCCACAACAAGAAACACUAGAAGAAGUACUUGUAAAAUUGAGUAAUAUUAAUUUAAAUGAAGAAUGGAUGAAAAAGGCAGAAAAUCAAGUACUUAAACAAAAGGCAUUGUGUUUGUUUUAUGAAAGAUAUCCAGAAGCAGUGUCUGAAGUUAUGUUUCCAUUUGAACAAAUUAUUAACAAAGCAGAAAAUAAACCAGAUGAAGUUCAAAUGGAGAUAUUAAAGAAAAUAAUAAAUUCAACAUUCGUUGUCAGAAAAAAUGAAACAAUAAUGCUUAUGGGAAAUGUUAAUACAUUACCAAAGAAAGAAGACUCAAAAACAAUUGGGAAAGGAGAUAGUGAAAUUAGUAAAGAGAGUAAAGAUAAUAAGGAUAGUAAAGAAUAUAAAGAUGAUAGAACACGUAAAAGAAAAGGAAAUGAUGAAGGAUAUUCAAGAAGAGAUGAAAGAAAUUAUCGUGGAGAUUAUAGAAGAAAUAAUAGUAAAUCAUCAAGGAGUAAUUCAAGAAAAAGAGAUCGAGGAGGAAGACAUUGA